AUGGACUCGCCCGUCGUCCCCGACGCAAGCCUCGUUGAGGAACUAGUAAAGGCAUGCGGCUGCAAGGAAGACAUGGCAGUUGCACUGCUUCAACGCUGCAACAACGAAGUUGAACGAGCAAUCAGACAACACGCAUUGCGAAACCGCUAUCUGCGUAUGGGACGGCCAGUUCGAUCUCCGCCACGUACGCCAACUGUAUCAGAGACCGCCUCCUCAGCCGAGACAUCUUCACUGCCACCCUUGCCGGAGCCCCCAACCGACACGACCGUUAGCGGAGGAGACGCAGCACCACGCCAUGAACCUGCAGCCCUAGCAACGGCGCCGACACUCAACGUCCAUGUACCGAAAAAUACAGAAUUCGGCGGCGAUUGCUGGAGUUAUUCUCCCGAGCCAGUCUCCCCUGGUGGCGAAGCAUCCGACCUGCAGCUCCUGGGCGCUGCUCCGGAUGGGUCAAAGCAAAGAUUUACGGUCCACGGUCGGCACAAUCUGGAUGUGUCCGAGGUCCCAGACCAAGCAUCUACUCUUGCAGAGUGGGAUUUUGUUCUCCCCAGGAUUCCGUACACCAUGCCGCCAAAUAGAGAGCUCGACAGCACAGGUGAGAUCAUCAAUAUCCGAGAGGUAGUCGGAGCGGUUCAGCACGGAGCAAAGGUGCAGAUGGUCCGAAACUACCUCGAGCGAUAUGGACGUGAGAAGGUACGCAGAGUCAUCAACGAUGAGGUGGAAGGCUUCGCUGCGAUAUUCUAUAUCGCGGCAUCGAACGACGAGUCUCUCCUUCGACUUUGGAUCGAGUACGGAGGAGACCCUGAGGCGAAGCAUACGCCCUCAAACACCCCGCUCCUUGCGUUUACCAUAGUCAACAGCGAAGGCAUUCAAAGCGAUACCACACCUAUCACCUCAACCCUGCUGAGUCUCGGUGCUUCGCCAAGUGUGAUCCCAUCAGCGUUUUAUACUCCCUACCUCGAAGAUCUGUCGGAGGACGGCGGCGAGGGGCUUGACAAACAGGGCAAUGGCGAGACGUCUGUCGCUCGGGAUCCUGAUGUUACUCAGUGGUGCACUGGAGCUGCGAGGACAAGACUUGUAAAAAGUCUCACUCUCUCGCAACGAUACUUUCUUGAAAAGGCGUCCAAGACCAGACGACCAUCUCAACGGCAAAUUCAACUGGCGCAGAGAAGGAACGCCGAGCCCCUGCUUGGACUGCCUUACCUCCUCAUCGGUCAAACGUUGGCGUCUAAUCUCCUACUGCAGAAACUUCUCAGUCACCUCAUUUCGCCCAGUAAGAGACCUCUGGUGCUGGUAUUUGCCGGCCCCAGCGGCCAUGGCAAGACAGAAUUGGCGAGGAAGCUUGGCCAUCUCCUGUCUCUCGAGCUCGAGGUGGUCGAUUGCACGAUUUACAAUCGGGAGAUCGAGUUGUUUGGUCCGAGGGAACCAUACGUUGGGUCGGAAAAGGGGAGCCCGCUGAACAACUUCCUCGCCAGGAACGCCGGGAAACGUUGCAUUGUGUUUCUCGACGAGUUUGAGAAGACCAGCUCUGACAUCCACAAUACGUUGUUGCUGCCUUUCCAAAAUGGAGAGUAUCAAGAUCGUCGUGACCGAAGCAUGGUCAAUUGCUCGAACACAAUCUGGAUCCUCGCAACAAACGCCCACGAUGCGAUAAUUCAGGCAUUUUGCUCUGCCAACCAUCAAGUCCUUUUCGGAGACGAUGAUGAUUCAGCGAAGAUGCGGCUCGCAAAACCUCUCUCCGCCGAGAUCAAGGAGGAUUUUCUUUCCAAAUUCGGGUCCCCCAUCACUGGGCGCAUCUCUGCCUUCAUUCCUUUCCUUCGGUUUUCGCCGGGAGAGCAAGCCGUGGUCGCUCACAAGUACCUGCUCGAGCUCGGCUAUGGCGUUGAGGCUCCCGUAAAUCUCUCCUUCGGCGCCCGAGAAAAGCUCCUGGGGGAUGUCCGCGUUCGGAUCCGCAAUGACGCCUCGGUGUGCCGUCUUCUAGCCAAAGCUGAGUACCAUCCGGAGCUUGGUGCUCGCAGCCUGGACAACGCCGUGGACACAAUCAAAGGGCUGCUUGUUGAGGCAUACUUGGAAAUCGACCAGCAGAUCAAGGAGUCGGCCAAUAAGUCAAUCUUCCAGGUGGAGGUGCAAGCUGAUGAGAUUGUGGUGAGACUGAUUGGCCGUGCCUAG